AUGAAUCAAAAUAAUAUUGUUUCUAUAUCAUUUUUAUUUAUUGUUUAUUAUUCAGUUACUCAUGCUAAUGUACCCAUAGAAAAUCCUCCUUUUAUAUUUAACAAUAGCAAGGAAAAUGGGAUAAAAAUGUUUUUAGACAAUCAAACACCAGAAGAUUCUCUUUUCAAACAUUCUUACUCGUUAGACACAACUCUUGAAAACUUUCCUAAUCCUUUUAUUCAUCCUUCAUUAUGCAAUAGAAAUGGAUUAAAAUAUUCUUAUAUAUGUGAUCCAAAUAAAAUAUUGUCAAGAAAUACAGCAGAUAAAAUAGAAGAAAUUUUAAUUUAUCAAAGGAGCAACUCCAGUCAUUAUUGCAUAGAUAAAGAAGUUUCUUAUAUAUUAGGUGUGGCAUUAAUAAAAAAAUUGCCUUAUGGAGUAACUGCAGAUACAUUUGCCUCCCAAAUAUUAGAAUAUUGGAAAUUAAGUAAUAGAAAUUGUAAUGAUGGAAUCUUACUUUUUUUUGUGAAGGAAGAUGCAACUUUUGUAUUGAAAUGGAAAAAGGGGGCACAAUCAGUAAUUAACUUUAGAACAGCUACCGCUAUGCAUAAAUCAUUUAACCAAUAUAUAAGAAGAUAUUCUCUAGAAUAUUCAAUUUUGAGAGCUGUGAAAUUGAUAUCAGAGUAUCUUACGGAAGAAAUAAUUCCACCAACACAAACAACUCAAAUGGUUGUUGCUCUUACUAUUGCAAUUGUGGUUGGUCUUAGUUAUCUUGCAUGUAUCUUAAUAGUUUUUACCGAUGCUCAGAAAGUAAAUAAAACCAUUUAA